ACAUCGUGCUACACACUUGGGAAAUCCAAGGUAACGAUCGACUGUACACGUUCUGCAAUUACACUGAAUUACGGGCGGGCUGUCCCGUGAAAUUUGUCUUAUUGCUAAUGGCGUAUUAGGAUUGCCAUUUCUAUGCUCUUUAAUUAUUUCUUUGAUUAACGAUGAACUAACUUUUAUUUCCAAAAUCUAAAUGUAUAUGAUGAAUAUAUUGUUAGAAUAAAUAUAAAGAGUCACCAUUAAAAUUAUCCUCGUGGGUUUUACUUAUUAUCUCAAAAGGAAAACUCGCAUCUCAAGAGAAAUCAUUCGUUUGCUUUUUGAUAAUCGUCAAGACAAAAAAACAUUUGCAAUUGCAUGACACUAUAUUAUAUAGAUAAAGUAUCUAUAUAAAACGGGAUGAACGAAACGAGUAUACAGUCUCUCUCGUGAUAGCGCACAAUUCAAUUGAAGAAUAUUACUUGUUGCCCUUUUAAAAUGGCAAAAAUCUAUUUUCUCGUUUCUAUAAUGUUCGUCGUGGUAACGGCCAAUCUGACUGUUCCGGUCGAAGAUACUACAUUGGAAAAUUUAUUAGAAUUCGUAGAAAACAUAGAAUUGAAGGAGAAAGACACGACCGAGGAACGAGCAAAUAGACAACGUCGAGUGACUUGUGACCUUUUAUCCUUUCGUGGAAUAAUUGGUUCCUCGGCUUGCGCGGCGAAUUGUCUGAGCAUGGGAAAAGCAGGUGGAUAUUGCAAAAGCGGUGUCUGCGUGUGCCGCAAAGAUUCCUUUGCGGGUCUUUGGAAAAAACGAUUUGGUUAAAAUUAUGACUAACAUUUUUACUUUUUUUUUAUUCAAAUUGAAAUAUCGCUAGGAAAUAUAUUUUUUUCUGUAAUUCUCAUUUAUUCUAUUAAUCUAUCAUCACGAAUUCUUCUUUUUCCUCUUUUUUUUUUGUUUCUUUAGAACUUUCAUCAAACUUUUCCUGUUCGUUGAACGCAUUUUUCUUUCUCUAUCUCCCUUCUUCUCUAUCUCCCUCCUUCUCUCUC